AUGAUCCGGGCGAUUAUAGUGUUGUGUUUGAUAGGAGUGGUCGUGGCGAAGCCUUCGAUUGCGCGAAGCAGGGAGGAUAUAGAACAGUUCAGAUAUUUUUUGGAAAGCACAAAGUCCAGUGAUGGCGAACAUUUCCUCGCUCGUUCGAAAGAGUUUCCCCUCGCCAACCCUGAGGAAAACAGCGGUAGAUUCCAGGGCGACAUAAUUUUAGACGACUUCAUCAUUGAAUCUAUGUUGCAACAAUACGCCGAGGGUCGUAAUGCUUACAUCUGGCCAAACUCCAGGUGGCCGAACAAUACCGUUGUUUGGCAGUUUGGAGAAGGUGAAUUUGGACCACUCCAAGAAGCUGCUAUUUUAGAGGGUAUUGAACAUAUCGAAAACUCAACCUGUGUCAAAUUCCGCUACAGGGAGCCUGAAGACACAGUCUUUGUUAAUGUUACUGGACUGCCAGGUGGCUGCUACGCUAACGUAGGAUACUCAGAGACUCGAGGGGUUCAUACCAUGAACUUAGCUCGUAAUGUUCCUGGAGUGGGAUGUUUCCGUCACGCCACGAUCGUUCACGAAUGGAUGCACAUCCUCGGUUUCCUGCACAUGCAUUCGACCCACGAUCGCGAUGAAUAUGUCGAUAUUGUCGAAGAGAAUAUUAGGGCUGGAACGGAACACAACUUUAACAUCUACGGACCGGAUCAAGUCACCAACCUCGGCAUCGAAUACGACUACGUCAGCUGCCUGCACUACUCUGCCUUUGCGUUUUCAGUCAAUGGAAACGCAACUAUAGUUGCAAAAAGGGAACACGAAGGAUUGAUGGGACAGCGCGUUUAUAUCACUGACAAGGACUGGUUAAGGAUCAACAGACACCACAAUUGCCCGGGGGCGUGGGAGGAACCUGAAGAGGACAGUGAGGAAGAGAAAGAAGAAUAGAAUUUUAUACCUACAUAUAUCUGUAAUAUACGCGACUGAUCAGCUUUAUAAAGUGUUUUUAUU